AUGGUUCAAUCAAAUAAAUGGGAUAAGAAGGCGAAAUAUCAGUAUAUGAAAAAGCAUGGCAUGUUGCCUGCGCCUUCACAAGCAAAUGUUUCAACUCCCAAAUGGACUAGCAAGAAGAAUAACGAGAAGAAACCAACAAUUCAACUAGUUGACUCGGAUGACGAGUGGGACUCAGAUGUAGAUGAAGCAUUGAUAAGCCAUUUUUAUCCGGAAUUGGACAACAGCGAAGAGUUGACGCUACAGCAAAAAAUUAAGUUGAAGCAGCAAAUUUUAAAUGACUUGAAAGAGAAGGAGGAAGUAGGAGAAACACUCGAGGGACAAUCUGAGGAACAAGGUGAAGGAGAAUUCAACCUUGGUGAGCUUAUUGGUAGUAUCGAUAGGAGGCCGAAGAAAAAGAUAUUAAAGGCGCGCUUUUCUGAAAACUUACUCGAAGAGUACGGUUUGGAGGGUUAUUCGACAAGUGACAAAGAGUAUAACGUCGCUGAACGAAAAAGGGGAUUUGGUGAUCUUAAAGACAACUUUACUAUAGGUCAGGACAACGGCACUACAUCUGUACGAAAGCUAACGGAAGAGGAAAUCGCCAUAGAAAAUGAACGAAGGAAGAAAAUCGAGCAACAAAACUUUUACAAUGAAGUGAAAAAGAAAUUUGGAGAUAAAACCAGUCAGCAAAAGGUUAUGGAUGUUGACAAUUUCACGGGGAAUGAUCAACAGUUGCGAACGUUGAAUGAGAAAAUAGGAAAGGAGAAGAUGCAAGACACGUUGGAUGAUGACCUUGAUGAGCUCCUCCAAUUGAAACUUUCUGGGCCGGAUGACGAAGUUCCUCAAAAGUCUGUUGUCCAUUCCAAGACAGUGCCGAAGAGUGUGCCACCUAAACUGAAUGUUGUCAAAGAUGUAAGUUUUCUAGAUGAAUUAUUAAAAUAG